GGGUGAGCUACCUCUGGAUCUGGAUGCGGGCAUCCCUGGAUUCUGCUCGUCCUGGCACAGGCCUGCUGUACAUAAACUCAAUGGGACAACAAUGGUCCGCACGUCGGCGGGCGAAUCCGUGGCUGCUGCUCGUCUAGUGGAGCGGAAAAUGUGGUCAAUGUGACAUUAUUUGCAUGCUGGUGUUGAGUUUAUUGUUCUGGUCGUAGACGCAGAGCAGCAAUUCUCUGAGAAGAUGUUGAGCCGAUUCAUGAGUGGCAGCAUCAGGAAUCUUGAGAGAGAAUACAACUGCACCGUCAGACUGCUGGACGAUACGGAAUAUACGUGCACAAUUCAGCGGGAUGCAAAGGGACAGUAUCUGUUUGACCUCAUCUGCCACCACCUCAACUUGCUGGAGAAAGACUACUUUGGCAUCAGAUAUGUGGAUCCAGACAAGCAGAGGCACUGGUUGGAGUUCACGAAAUCAAUAGCCAAACAAAUGAAAUCUCAGCCGCCAUUCACGAUGUGUCUGAGAGUCAAGUUCUACCCUCCUGAUCCUGCUGCUCUCAAGGAGGAAAUCACCCGAUAUCUUGUCUUCCUGCAAAUCAAGAGAGAUCUUUACCACGGUCGGCUCCUGUGUAAAACUUCGGACGCGGCCAUGCUGGCUGCCUACAUCCUUCAAGCUGAGAUCGGUGAUUAUGACCCUGGGAAGCAUCCUGAAGGCUACAGCUCCAAAUUCCAGUUCUUCCCUAAGCACUCAGAGAAGCUGGAGCGGAGGAUUGCAGAUAUACACAAGACAGAGCUGAUUGGACAGACACCUGAAACAUCAGAGCUGAAUUUCCUGCAGAAAGCCCAGAUGCUGGAAACAUAUGGUGUGGAUCCUCAUCCAUGCAAGGAUGUAUCUGGAAACCCAGCUUUCCUUGCCUUCACGCCAUUUGGUUUUGUGGUGCUUCAGGGAAAUAAGAGAGUUCAUUUUCUUAAAUGGAACGAGGUGACCAAACUGAAGUUUGAAGGCAAGACGUUCCAUAUAUAUGCAAAUCAGAAGGAGGAUAAAAAGAUCAUCUUGACGUACUUUGCGCCCACGCCUGAGGCAUGCAAGCACCUGUGGAAGUGCGGAGUGGAGAACCAAGCUUUUUACAAGCUUGAGAAGUCAAGUCAGGUUCGGACAGUGUCCAGCAGCAACCUGUUCUUCAAGGGCAGCCGUUUCCGCUACAGUGGACGAGUGGCAAAAGAGGUGAUGGAGCAGAGUGCCAAAAUCAAACGAGAACCUCCAGAAAUACACAGGGCUGGCCUAGUGCCCAGCAGAAGUUGCCCAUCCAUCACACACGGCCCACGCCUCAGCAGUGUACCACGCACCCGCCGGAGAGCUGUCCAUAUAUCUAUCAUGGAGGGUCUUGAGUCAUUGCGUGACAGUGCCCAUUCUACACCUGUGCGUUCAGUGUCCCACGGGGAAAGCUUCAUGCCCCGCUCCCGGAGCCAGGCCACGGACGCCAGCGAGGGGUCGGCGGUGAUCUCGGAUGAGGCCUACAGUCCCUCCGACAGUGUUCUGCCCACCCCGGUGGCCGAGCACAGCAUGGAGCUGGCUGUGUCGCGCCAGAUCAAUGGAGCACCGUGCAGCAUUGAGGAGGAAAAGGAGUCGGAGGCAGGCACUCCCACACAUGGGGAAGGGGGUGAUUUUGGUGCGGACGGUAGAUCGGCACAAGAGGGUGCAGGGGGGGACUCGGCACUCAGCGAAGUGGAACAGGUGAAUAAGUUUGUCUUAAGUGUCCUCCGUUUGCUCCUUGUGACCAUUGGACUCCUCUUUGUCUUGCUCCUCCUCCUCAUCAUCCUCACCGAGUCAGACCUUGACAUUGCAUUUUUACGUGAUAUCCGCCAGACCCCCGAAUUUGAGCAGUUCCAUUACGAAUACUUUUGUCCCCUCAGACGGUGGUUUGCCUGCAAGCUCCGCUGGGUGGGCGAAUUGCUCAUUAACAAGUGAGAGUGAGGCCGUAGAGUUCAUAAGCCCAUUCGGGGGCCUGAGAAGAAGAUUAGGACUCCGGAGUGAUGGAGGGCAGCCUCGUCCCAACCAUGAACCCUGCUUCUCUCAUCAUCCUCCUGCAGACAUAAACCUUGGACCAGUCCUGGUAGCACCAGGCCAGGAUCUCUCCUCUCCUCCAUUUUCAGUUACCUCCCCAUUUUU